UUACGCUCCGCCGGCAAGGACGAUGCAGCCUCUCCCCGCCGGGCCGCGGCGGCUGCUGGCCGGCUUGCUGCUGCUGCUGGCCGGCUGUGCCCGGGCUGGAGCGGAGGAGCCGCCGCCAGGCAGCAGCGCUGCGGUCUCCUCGCCGUGGUCGCCGGAGGCGGACCCCGUGGUGGUGGCCAACCGCGGGCUGCGGGUGCCCCUGGGCCGCUCCGCCUGGCUGGACCCCACGCGGGACCUGGUGUUGCAGGUGCAGCCGGGGGACCGCUGCCACCUCACCGUGCUGGACGAGGACCCGCUGUGGCAGCGCCCGGGCCGCCUGAGCCCCCGGCGUUUCCCCUGCGACUUCGGAGCCCGCGACGUGCUGUACUCGCACCUGGGCGGCCGCAGCCCCGCUCGGGACCGCGUCCGCCUGCAGCUGCGCUACGACUCGCCGAGCCGCGCCCUGGUGCUGCCCCUGGUGCUGGAGGUGGAGGUGCUCUUCACCCAGCUGGAGAUCGUGACCCGCAACCUGCCGCUCACCGUGGAGCGCCUGCGGGGCACCAGCAACCCGCUGGACGCCCGCAGCCUGGAGUUCGCCUUCGAGCCGGGCCGGCAGCGCUGCCGGGUGGGGCUGCUGCCGCUGCUGGCCGGGCUGCCCCGCUACGGAGAGAUCCUCAACCACCCGCCGGCGGCGGGGGGCGGGGGCGGGGAGGCGGCGGGGGACGGCCCGAUGCCGUCCGUGAUGUGGGAUUGCGAGGAGUUCCUGCGCCUGGGCCUGCGCUACCGGCACACGGCCGCCGGCGGCUCCCCGAACCGCGACCUGGUGCCGCUGGUGGCCGAGCUGCGGGAGGCGGCGGGCGGCGGGGCGCUGCUGAAGCGAGAGUACUUCCAGGUGCUGGUGCGGAUCCGCGCCGGGAGUGAGAACGUGGCCCCCAAACCCAGCUUCCUGGCCAUGCUGAUGAUGGAGGUGGACCAGUUUGUGCUCACCGCCCUCACGCCUGACAUGCUGUCAGCUGAGGAUGCGGAGUCGCCGCCCGACCUACUGCUCUUCAACAUCACCUCUCCCUUUGGUCCUGGCCAAGGCCACAUGGUCAGCACGGACGACCGGAGCUUGCCUGUCACGUCUUUCAGCCAGCGGGACGUGCGGGAGCUGCGCAUUGCCUAUCAGCCACCCGUGGAGGACUCCGAUCGGGAGAGGCUCUUUGAACUUGAAUUGGAAGUGUUGGACCCAGAGGGUGCUGCCUCAGAGCCCUUUGCCUUCGUCAUUGUGGUGAAGCCCAUGAACACCCUGGCGCCCGUGGUGACCCGCAACACUGGUCUCGUGCUCUACGAGGGGCAGUCAAGGCCUCUCUCCGGCCCAGGGCCCAGCCCCAACCUGGUGGUCAGUGACGAGGAUGACCUUGAGCAGGUGCGGGUGAGUGUGGUGGCAGGGCUGAGGCAUGGCCACCUCACUCUCCUGGAGGACACCCCAGGACCUGCUGCCCCUCGUAAACACUUUACAGUGGCUGAGCUGGCAGCAGGCCGAGUCAUUUACCAGCACGAUGGCAGCGAGUCUCCGCUCAGUGACAACCUUGUGCUGCGGCUGGAAGAUGGUGGCUCUCGCCACCGCGUUGAAUUCCUUUUCCCCAUCACCCUGGUGCCCACUGAUGACCAGCCACCCCUGCUUAAUGCUAACACAGGGCUUGCCAUGGCUGAGGGUGAAACAGUGCCCAUCACCACCCGUGCUCUUAGUGCCACUGACAUUGACUCCCAGGAUGCCAUCCUGCUCUUCACAGUGGAGUCUGGCCCCACGGCUGGGCAGCUCCUGCUCCGCCAGGCACAGCCACCUCCUGGCUGGGAAGAGGAGGAAGAAGAGGAGGGCUUUUCUUGGAGGAAGGUGCCAGGUGUAGCAGGGAGCUCCCUCAUCUAUGAAAAGCCAGUGAGAGAGUGGCUGCAGCAGGACAUUGUGGAAGGACAUCUCUUUUACCACCACUUUGGGGCUCACAGCCCUGGCCCUGGGGUUGUGUUGGACCAGUUCACCUUUAGAGUCCAGGAUGACAAUGACCCGCCCAACCGCUCUGGACCCCAGACUUUUGUGAUCAGGGUACAUCCUGUAGACAGGUUAGCCCCAGAGCUCCAUAGCAGCAGCAGCCUGCAUUUAAUCGUUGCAGAGCAGCAGGUGACUCCCCUGCGCAGGAAGCACUUGUGUUACACAGACCAGGACUCAGGGGACCGGGAGCUUCGCUACACAGUAAUCCAGCCCCCCACUGACACCGACUCCAACCACCCUCCCGAGGCUUAUGGAGCACGCCUUGGAUCCCUCGUGCUAACUGAGGAUCACUCUGUGGAAGUUACGCAUUUCACCCAAGCCCAGAUCAACCAUCACAAGAUCUCGUACCGUCCCCCUCAGGAGGAGCUGGGGGUGGCUCCUCAUUUGAUUCAGUUUCAGUAUCAAGUGCAAGAUGCGGCUGGCAAUGCAGCCAAAGGGACUUUCACCAUCUACCUUCAGCCUGUGGAUAACCAGCCUCCCGAAAUCACUAAUACUGGCUUCACUUUGCCUGAGGGAGGCAGCCAUGUCCUUAGUCCAGCUGAGCUGGAUGCCAGUGACACGGACACUGAACUUGCCCGUCUCAGAUUUAUCCUGACCCAGGCUCCUCGGUAUGGCCAGUUGCAGCUCUCUGGGUACAGUCUGGUUCCAGGAGGCAUCUUUGGCUUGGAGGAUAUCAGACAAGGGAGGGUGGUGUAUGUGCACAAUGGAGCUGAGACCAACAGUGAUACCUGCAGGCUUGAUGUGAGUGAUGGGGUUCAUUUUGUGCCCAUCACACUGAAAAUGAGUGUGCACCCAGUCGAUGAUGAGGUUCCUGCGCUACGAUUGCCCCCAGGCACUCUUGGUUCCUACCUCGAUGUGCUGGAGAAUGGUGCUGCUGAAAUCACUGCUAAUGUCAUCCAGGGCACGGAUCAGGAUACAGAUGACUUUAUGUUGACCUUCAUUGUAGAGGAUCCUCCUCAGCAUGGGAGCAUCCUGGUUCAAGGGGUGCCUGCAGAGAGAUUUUCCCAGAGAGAUCUGCUGGAUGGUGCUGUGGUAUAUGCUCACACCGGUGGUGAAAUAGGCCUUCUGCCCAAGGAGGAUGCUUUCAACCUUACCUUGUCUGGCCUCUCUGAGAAGUGGCGUGUCAGGGGCAACAUUGUUCACGGAGUUUCAGUCUUGGUGACCAUUCUUCCUGUUGACAGUCAAGCUCCAGAAAUUUUUGUAGGGGAGCAGUUCAUGGUGACGGAAGGUGACAAACGGGUCAUCACUCUUGCUCACCUCAGGGCUGAAGAUGUGGAUACUCCUAGUGAUGAUAUACUAUGCACAAUUGUUGCUCAGCCCACAUCUGGGUAUGUAGAGAACAUCUCUCCUGCCCCUGGAUCUGAAAAAUCCAGGGCAGGUAUAGCUAUAAGUGCUUUUACCUUGAAGGACCUCCGUCAAGGUCACAUUUUUUAUGUCCAGAGUAUACAUAAGGGUGUAGAGCCUGUUGAGGACAGAUUUGCUUUGCGCUGUUCUGAUGGCAUUAACUUUUCCCAGAGGCAUUUCUUCUCCAUUCUUGUUGUGCCGGUCAAUGACGAAGAGCCUGAAAUCUUCCUGCGAGAGUUUGUUGUGAUGGAAGGCAUGAGCCUGGUGAUUGACACCCCCAUCCUCAAUGCAGUUGAUGCGGAUGUCCCUGCUGAUGAGUUAACAUUCACAAUCACCAGGCUUCCCAGGCACGGCCACAUCGUGAACCAGCUGGUCAAUGGAACUGUCCUGGUGGAGAGCUUCACCUUGGAUCAGAUAACAGAGAGCUCCAGCAUUCUCUAUGAACAUGAUGACUCUGAGACCAGGGCGGACAGUUUUGAGGUGCAGCUCUCAGAUGGUAAACACACCGUUAGGAAAAUGGUACCCAUCAUGGUUAUUCCUGUAGAUGAUGAGACACCCAGAAUGGCCAUCAAUGAUGGUUUGGAGAUUGAAAUAGGGGAAACUAGAACUAUUAAUAACAGAAUAUUGAAGGCUACUGAUCUUGAUUCCGAAGACAAAACCUUGACAUACAUUAUAACUUAUGGGCCAGGACAAGGCCUCUUACAGAGAAUAAAGCCUUCAGGUGGAGUUGAAAAUAUCACCCGGGGAAUGAACUUCACCCAGGAUGAAGUAGAUAGAAACUUGAUACGAUAUGUGCAUUUUGGCCAACAAGGAGUUCGUGAUCUUAUCAAGUUUGAUGUGACAGAUGGCAUAAAUCCUCUCAUUGACCGCUACUUUUAUGUGACAAUAGGCAGCAUUGAUAUUGUCUUCCCAGAUGUCAUCAGCAAAGGAGUUUCUCUGAAGGAAGGAGGGAAGGUGACCCUUACCACUGAUUUGCUUAGUACCAGUGACCUGAAUAGUCCAGAUGAGAACUUAGUUUUCACCAUUACCAGACCACCUGUUCGUGGUCAUCUUGAAUGCACAGAUCAGCCCGGGGUACCCAUCUCCACUUUCACUCAACUCCUGUUAGCAGGCAAUAAAAUCUAUUACAUUCAUACUUCAGAAGAUGAGGUGAAAAUGGACAGCUUUGAGUUUGAGGUGACUGAUGGCUAUAACCCUGUGUUUCGUACUUUCAGAAUUUCUAUCAGUGAUGUGGACAAUAAGAAACCUGUUGUCACAAUCCAUAACCUGGUGGUGAGUGAAAAUGAAUACAAACUGAUAACCCCAUUUGAACUGACUGCAGAAGACAGAGAUACACCUGAUGCACUGCUAAAGUUCAUCAUCACUCAAAUACCAGUUCAUGGGCAGAUCAUGUUCAAUAACUCCAAACCAGUCACCACCUUCACUAAACAAGAUCUGAAUGAAAAUCUAAUCAGCUACAAACAUGAUGGCUCAGAAUCAGUUGAGGACAGUUUCUCUUUCACUGUUACAGAUGGCACUCAUACAGAUUUCUAUGUUUUCCCCAACACUGUGUUUGAAACAAGGAAGCCUCAGACUAUGAAGAUCCGAAUAAUGGCUGUGGACAACAGUGUACCUCAAGUUGUAAUAAAUAAGGGUGCUCAGACUCUCCGUGUUCUGGCCACAGGUCACGUCGGGUUUCUGAUUACCAACAAAGUGCUCAAAGUGGAAGACAGGGACAGUUUACAUGUUACUCUUAAGAUCAGAAUCACAGAGGGUCCACGCCAUGGCUUCCUGAUUCACCUGGGGAAAGGCAACCAUAGCAUCAGCCAGUUCACACAAGCUGAUAUUGAUGAUAUGAAGAUAUGCUAUGUUUUACGAGGGAGUGACAAUGCCACCAGUGACAUUUUUCAUUUUUUGGUUGAAGACAGUGGAGGCAAUAAACUGAAGAAUCAGCAUUUUCGCCUGAACUGGGCAUGGAUCUCCUUAGAAAAGGAGUAUUACUUAGUAAAUGAGGACACCAAGUAUCUUGAUGUUGUUCUUAAACGGAGAGGUUACCUGGGAGAAACCUCUUUUAUAAGUAUUAGCACCAAAGAUGGUACUGCCAAGAAAGAUAAAGACUUCAGAGGAAAAGCCCAGAAGCAGGUGCAGUUUAAUCCUGGUCAAACCUUAGCCACAUGGCGAGUAAGGAUUUUGAGUGAUGGUGAACAUGAGCAUUCUGAGUCCUUUCAAAUUGUUCUUUCUGAGCCUGUCAUGGCAAUUCUGGAAUUUCCUGCUGCGUCCACAGUGGAAAUUAUUGACCCAGGAGACGAAUCAACAGUCUUUAUUCCUCAGUCCACCUAUACUAUUGAAGAAGAUGUUGGUGAGUUAUUUAUUCCAGUCAGAAGAAGUGGAGAUGUGAGUCAGGAACUGAUGGUCAUCUGCUACACACAACAAGGAACAGCCUCUGGCACUGCCCCAACCUCUGUACUUUCCUACUCUGACUACAUAUCCAGGCCAGAGGAUCACAACAGCGUUCUACGCUUUGACAAGGACGAACGAGAGAAAACGUGUCGGAUUGUCAUCAUAGAUGAUUCCUUGUAUGAAGAGGCUGAGACCUUUGAUGUUUUACUGAGCAUGCCCAUGGGUGGAAGGAUUGGUGCAGAAUUCCCAAGCACUCACGUUACCAUUGUGCCUGACAAGGAUGAUGAACCAGCAUUCUACUUUGGAAAUGAUGAGUACUAUGUUGAUGAGAGUGCUGGCUACAUUGAGGUCCGUGUCUGGAGGACUGGAACCGAUCUGUCCAAAGCCGCCUCUGUCACGGUGCGGUCGCGCAAGUCUGAGCCCGUAACUGCAGAGGCUGGAGUAGAUUAUGUAGGUAUCAGUCGUAACCUGGAUUUUUCCCCUGGAGUCAAUAUGCAGACAUUUCGUGUGAUAAUUCUGGAUGAUCUUGGACAGCCGGUGUUGGAAGGAACAGAGAAGUUUGAGCUUGUGCUAAGGAUGCCCAUGAAUGCUGCCCUUGGAGAACCCAGCAAGACCACCAUCUUCAUUAAUGACUCAGUGUCUGAUUUGCCAAAGAUGCAGUUUAAAGAAUCUGUGUAUGUAGCCAAUGAAAAUGAUGGACAGGUUUCUGCCAUGGUAUAUAGGAGUGGGGAUAUCCGAUACACAUCCACUGUGAGAUGCUAUACAAGGCAAGCUUCAGCUCAGGUUAUGAUGGACUUCGAAGAACGCCCUAAUACUGACAGUUCCAUCAUCACAUUCCUUCCUGGUGAAAGUGAGAAGCCUUGCACGCUGGUGCUUACGGAUGAUACUUUCCAUGAGGAGGAGGAGGAACUUCGCCUGGUUCUUGGCACUCCAAGAAGUGACUCUUCCUUUGGUGCCUCUAUUGGCGAGCAAAACGAGACGCUGAUAAAGAUUCGGGAUGACGCAGACAAGGCUAUCAUUAAGUUUGGUGAGACCAAAUUUAGUGUGAGUGAGCCAAAGGACACAAGGCAAGUAGCAAUUGUGAAAAUCCCAGUGCUUCGUCUGGGAGACGCUUCCAAAGUUUCUGUUGUGAGAGUUCAUACAAAGGAUGGAUCUGCUACUUCUGGAGAAGACUAUCACCCUAUAUCAGAAGAAAUUGAGUUCAAGGAGGGUGAAACACAGCACUUUGUGGAGAUUGAAGUUCUCUUUGAUGGAGUAAGGGAGAUGAGAGAAGCCUUCACUGUCCACCUGAAGCCUGAUGAGAACAUGGUUGCAGAAAUACAGACAGCCAAGGCCAUUGUUUACAUUGAAGAAAUGAACAGUAUGGCAGAUGUCACCUUUCCCUCUGUCCCUCAAGUUGCAUCUCUGUUGAUAUAUGAUGAUACUUCUAAAGCCAAAGACAGAACCAGUCCCAUUGCUGGCUAUCCUGUCAUCUGUAUCACAGCCUGUAAUCCUAAGUACGAGGACUUUGACAAGACUGGCUCUAUUUGUGCCAGUGAGAGCAUCAACAAUACCCUGACCCGGUACCGCUGGCUUGUGAGUGCCCCCACGGGCCCCGAUGGCGUGACCAGCCCCAUGAGGGAGGUUGACUUUGACACCUUCUUCACCUCCUCUAAGAUGAUUACACUCGACUCCAUUUACUUCCAAGCUGGUUCUCGUGUCCAGUGUGCAGCUCGGGCUGUGAAUUCAGAUGGGAAUGAGGGUCUUGAGCUUUUGAGCCCUAUUGUCACUAUAAGCACAUCAGAAGGUCUUUGUCAGCCUCGUAUAUCAGGAGUAGUUGGAGCAGAGCCAUUCUCUGCCAAACUGCGCUACACUGGCCCAGAAGAUCCUGACUAUGCCAACCUCAUCAAACUGACAGUCACAAUGCCACAUAUUGAUGGCAUGCUGCCUGUUAUUUCUACAAGAGAGCUCUCCAACUUUGAGCUGACACUUAGCCCUGAUGGAACUAGAGUUGGAAACCACAAGUGCUCCAACCUGCUGGAUUACACAGAAGUAAAGACCCACCAUGGCUUUUUAACUGACGCUACCAAGAAUCCAGAUGUGAUUGGAGAGACCAUUCCCUAUCAGUACAGCCCAACAAUCAGGGGCUCCAACACCUUGCGCUUCUACCGCAACCUGAACCUGGAAGCCUGCUUGUGGGAGUUCAGUAGCUACUAUGACAUGUCCGAGCUCCUCACAGACUGUGGAGGCACCAUUGGCACAGAUGGGCAGGUUCUGAACCUAGUGCAGUCCUAUGUCACGCUGAGAGUCCCUUUGUACGUCUCUUACGUUUUCCACUCUCCGGUGGGCGUCGGGGGCUGGCAGCAUUUCGACCUGCAGUCGGAGCUGCGGCUGACUUUCGUGUAUGACACUGCCAUCCUGUGGAAGGACGGCAUCGGCAGCCCGCCUGAGGCAGAGCUCCAAGGUUCCCUGUUCCCGACCAGCAUGCGCAUCAGUGAAGAGGGACGCUUGGUUGUCAACUUCAAGACUGAAGCCCGGUUUCAUGGUCUGUUUGUUAUGUCCCAUCCUGCUUCACCUCUGACUUCCAUGGUUAUGUCAGCCGACCACCCGGGCCUCACUUUCAGCCUCAGCCUCGUCCGAAGCGAGCCAACCUACAACCUGCCAGUGCAGCAGUGGAGCUUCCUGUCCGAUUUUGCGGUCCGAGACUAUUCUGGAACGUACACAGUGAAGCUGAUAGCCUGCACCACUGCCCCACAUCAGGAGUACAGCCUGCCCGUGAUCUGCAAUCCUAGGGAGCCCAUCACUUUUGACCUGGACAUCCGAUUCCAGCAGGUCAGUGACCCAGUGGCUGCUGAGUUCAGCUUGAACACCCAGAUGUUCCUCCUCUCCAAAAAGACACUGUGGCUGUCUGAUGGCUCGAUGGGCUUUGGGCAAGAAAGUGACGUUGCUUUCUCAGAAGGUGAUAUCAUAUACGGCCGGGUGAUGGUGGACCCAGUGCAGAAUUUGGGUGAUUCCUUCUACUGUAGCAUCGAGAAGGUUUUCCUGUGCACAGGAGCUGAUGGAUAUGUACCCAAGUACAAUCCAUCCAACACUGAAUAUGGGUGCCUUGCUGAUUCUCCAUCCCUUCUGUACAGGUUUAAGAUUGUGGACAAAGCUCAGCCAGAGACACAAGCCACAAGCUUUGGAAAUGUACUUUUUAAUGCAAAACUUGCAAUAGAUGAUCCCGAAGCAAUUCCACUAGUUAAACAGCCAGGCUCUGAUGGAUUCAAAGUAGACUCAACUCCUCUGUUUCAGGUGUCUUUGGGUAGGGAGUGGUAUGUCCAUACAAUCUACACCGUGCGUUCCAAGGAGAACGCUAACCGCGGAAUCGGCAAAAGAAGCGUGGAGCACCAUUACCACUCGCUGCUCAGUGCUGGGAGCCCAGGAGCAUCCAUACAGAGAAGGCAAAAGAGGGGAGUUGAGCAGGCCCCAGAACUUGCCAGAGACAUUGGAGUGGAGAGCAGCCGAGGAACCAACAUACAGCACAUAGCCCUGGAUCGCACCAGCAAGAAACAGGUGCCUCAGAGGGAGGUUGCACUCAAUGGUGUUCUCCCCAGGGAACUGAAUAGCCAAAGUGCAGGAAUCAGCUUAGUCACAAUCAUUGGUGGAGCUGCUGCCACUCUUCUUGCCAUCUGCUUAAUUGCAAUUAUCAUUUUGCUGCUAAAAUGGAAACGAAAUUCUGACAAGAAGGAAAGCACAAACGAGUCAGGCAGCAAUGAACCAAUGAUGCUACCACAUAAUUUCAGCCAUGACAGCUCAGAGGUUUGAUUCCAAGACCACAGUAUUCAAGCCAGAGUGUCCAGAGUGCCUCAUAAAAACUCUUGAACUGCACAUUUUUAGCAGCAGAUAAUGGUGACUCAUGAGAAGCGUGUUUUUAAAUGUACUUGAAAUUUGUUAUCCUGAGCUCUUACUGCCAUUAUCAACAACAGAAGAAGCUGAAUGAAACCUCCCACUUUGCUUGAAAGGAAAUGUCCCUGAUGUCCCCAUACCAUGCACUAAUUUUUAGCAGCAAUUCAAGGGACUCCAUUGUAAGGGAGAGAUUAUUGUUGUGGUUUUGUAUUUUCUGACAUUUCAAAAGAAUAAAAGAAGCUGAACAAAGGUGCUAUAUAUCCUGUCUGCAAUAAGAGAGGAGAUCUCUUUCUUCAGAAACACAUAAUACUUGAGAGGAGGGAUCCUCACACUCUACUGUAGAAUUUUGUACUGUUUCUCACAAAGAACUCAAUGUCUACAAAUAGUUUGAAAGGUGAUGGAAUGCCUUAGGCAUGGAUUCUCCGUCCUGUAAGUUUUUGACUUCACUUAAUCUGUACCAGUAUUUUUUUUAUUUUUGUUUUUACUUACAUGUGACUGAACUUUUUCAAAAGACAGCUAGGUUAUACAGCAUAGCAUUAUAAACAGUUGCAUGUCACAGGAUCCAAUACAUGCUCUUUCCUGCAAAUUCCUAUUCAUCUAUUUAAUCUGAAUAUUUUUUUUUAUUUAUGUUUAUAUAAAGCUGAAGAAUGCCACAAAUCCUGAAAAAAAUUUUGGUUUUCACUAAAACUGGAUGCUUAUGUCCUCUUAAGUUUAUAAUGGAUCAUGGAAGUGUUGUAAGGUAAAUUUUAUUUCUUAGUGCAUGUCCACUGCUGAGAAAUGCAAGCAUUAGUAUUUCUGUACCUAGAGAAGAUGAUAGUUAGAUUAAAAAUGCAGAGGACAAGGUUCUGCUGAACUGAGCCUAGGAGUCAUGAUAUUGAAUCCAUCAUAGUUAGUUGUCAUACUAAAUAAUAAAAAGAGAAGAAAAAAUUAGCCUUUGAUUGAAUCAAGUAGUAUUUAUUGCUGUGUAAUCAUAGCACAUUUUGACAAACAUGCUGGGUCAUUGUUGGGCAUUUUUUAGCAUGUGACUUCUUCUGCAGGAGUAAUUCUAAUUUUCUCUCAACAUUCUUGAUUUAGGUAACAUGACAAGUUUGGAUCAGCAGUGUCCUGUGUCAUUUUUUAUCCAGACACAACCUGUUCUGUCCCCGUCAAAUCCUUGGCUGUGAAAGCUAUGUAACCUUCAGGAAACUGUCCCUUUUGUCACACUAGCAUUUUAUGUAAGUAAGUCCUUUAAGUCAUACUAUUGUAGGAUCGUCUGGCUCAGAAGAGACCUUCAAGAUCAUCUAGGUCCAGCCCCACAGCCACUGGCAGGGAGACCUUCCACCACACCAGGUUACUCAAAGCCACAUGCAACCUGACCUUGAACACUUCCAGGAAUGAGGCAUCCAGAACUUCCCUGCACAACCUGUGCCAGUGCCUAAACACCCUCACAGCAAAUUUCCUCCUAUGUAAAUCCACUGUCUUUCAGAGGGAAGUCAUUACUCUUUGUCCUAUUUUUACAUCCUCUUGGGAAAAGUCCCUCCACAGCCCUCUUGUAAACUGCUUUCAGGGACAGGAAGGUGCUCUAAAGUCUGCCCAGAGCCUUCUCUUGGCCAGACUAAACAACCCCAGCUCUCUCAGCCUGUCUUCAUAGGGGAGGUGCCACAAACCUCUCAUCAUCUUUGUGGCACUCCUUUGGACUCGCUACAUCAUAUUCAUGUCUUCCCUAUGUUGGAGGUGCCAGAGCUGGAUGCAAUACUCCAGGUGGGAUCUCAGAAGAGCAGAGUAGAGGGCAGAACCAUCUCCUUCACCCUGCUGGCCCCACUGCUUUGGCUGCAGCCUAGGAUAUGUUGGCUUUUGGGCCUGGGAGUGCACAUUGCCCGUCAUGUCCAGCCUCUCAUCCACCAGCACUCCCGAGUCUUUCUCAGCAGGGCUGUUCCUAAUCCAUUCUCUGCCCAGCCUGGAUUUGUGCUUGGGAUUACUCUGACCCAGGUGGAGGAACUUGGCCUUGUUGAACUUCAUGAGGUUUGCUCACCUCUCAAGCCUGCUCAGGUUCCUCUGGAUGCAAUCCCUUCCCUCCAGCAUGUCAAGCACACCACACCAUGGCUGGGUGUCAUCUUGCUGAAGGUGCCCUCCAUCCCACUGUCCAUGAGAUUGUCAAACAGCACUGGAGUCAAUCGAGUUCUCAAUAGAGUUGAACUGCAUAAAAUCUGAAUUAGGAUGUUGAGACCUUGCUGAAAUACCUCUUCCCUUCCACCACCACCAUCUUGUGGUGGUGGGUAGAGGCAGUCCCCAGCGCACUUGGCAUUUGGUGUUCCAGGGAUCAGGCUGCAGGGAUCAGUUAGCAGAGCAGGAUGCAGUUUGAAAGCAGCAUGUAACACAAUGCUGCCUCUGAACUUAAAAAAAAAAAAAUAUAUCCAUCCAGAAGGCCAGAAGGCUUCCUGGUCUGGUUGUGGGCGUCAGUCAACACAGAUAGACCUGACCUAGUAAUUGUGCAUGGUUGUCCUGUAAGCCAUAAAGACUCAGGUGCAUGAAGCCCUACUAGCCUAGGGAUAUCUGUGCUGUGAUUCAAGGUACAGUGUGAAUAUGCCCACAGAGAGACUCGUGCUGGUAUCUCUUGCACUGAUUUGUGUUGUUAUGACUUCACUCAUUUAAUAGGAUUUCAUCAGCUUUUCACAAAAUGAGUCAGGUCAGGAUCUGUCCUACCUUUUCUAGGUUUUCUGAAGAUGGUGAUUAGACAGCUUAAUUGAAGGAUGUUUGCAGCCCCCAAAAGGUUAAACUCCAUUACUGAACUCUUGCAUUCAUCUUUUAUUUUAAUUAAUCUGAGUUCUAGCCUUAAACAGUUAUCCAUAAGCCAUGGCCAAUGCUUUAGACGUUUCCCCCCAUCACCUGACAUCAACUUGCUCUUGUAAGUGAAGUUUCUGGUUUUGUGUUCCAUGUAUUAGGUGUGCAAGAUUGAUCAAAGGCUUCACCCACAGAUACCUUUUAUAUUUAGUAAGUUCACCACUAAGUUGCAAAUGUACACUAAGAUCAAAUUUGCCUUUGUGCCUAUGUGUGACAUCCCUAUGAGAAAAGCAGAAUUUUUCUCCUAGAACCUGCAUGUUUGGAUGAUAUCAGCCAAUGAUUCGACAGUAGAAUGGGACACAUGUAAAUAAUAGAACAUUCUAAUAUUUAUCAAAUGCUUGUUUUGUAUAAGCAGAGAGGAUCUUUUUAAAAAAUAUAUAUAUAAAAUACAGAAAUUAGGUGUUUAUCAGUAGACCUGUUUUCUGCUUUUGAAUGUUACCAGAUCAAAAUAUCAUUAAAAGUGCUUGCAGUCAAAAUAUUUUUUUAAUUCUUACUUGUUUUUAUAAAAUCAUAUCAAAACUCAUAUGUUCUACAAGCCAAAUAUUUAGCCCAGUAAACAACUUGAUCACUGCUUUGAACAGUGUCUGAUUAAAACUUUGUGAAAUAUUUAGGUUGACGGGGAUAAUUAGACUAAUGUUUUUGUAACAAUAUAUAAAAUUAUAGUGCAAAAUGAUGAUAACAAAGAAAAGGACAAAACAAACACUGAAAAUUUGGACAAACAUGAGUAAGAUUUGUGAGUCAGAUACCAAAGUCCUCUUCAUGGGAAAAAAAUUGCCAUGUUUUCAAUAAAGCAUGCUGGAUUUGUCCUAUUUUUAAGAAAUUGGAUUUUUUACAAUUCAGUGAACUAUAAAUACAUCUGUAACAGCAUGCCUUUCUUUUUAUUAUUAUGGCUUCAAGUUUUCAGAUUUCAGUAAGGUGUUUUGGAAGCUUAUUAGCAUUUUUCCUUUUACUUAACAAGUGGCCUUGUUUAUACUAACCUGAAUAAGUGCCUCAAUCCCAGUGAUGUGCACAAAUAUUUUAAUAUUUAUCUAUCCAAGCAAUAAACUGAGUAUAUUUUAUAUAUAUAUAUUUAAUCUAUUUCCAGAUUUUGUAUUCAAUCCUCUUUUCCCUGGCAAUGCUUAUUCUGCUAGCAAUAAUACCAUUUGUUUAAUCAUUUAUACAAUAAUUACUCUGUUUAAA